UCUGCUCAAAUCAUCAACAUUCAUAGCAGUUUUCCUAUCGUCGAAAAAGAAGUACUCAGCAUUAAUAUCAAUGUUGUAGAGUUUUCUGAUCUCCUUUAUCAGCAUCAUGCCGGCUAUUCACAUCGCUGUACAUCCUCUGCCGGGAACAGUGGAAGAGCUACACGAAAGGCUGAAGGAGGUUUCAGAGUCAAAGGAAAAGAGUGGUUUCUUGAGUUCUCCAGUUCUUCAAGCACUUAAGGAUCAAGUGAUAAAAGAAUGUGUGGUUGGACCAAGGCAUGUUGCAUUUCUUUUGGAGAAUGGACAAGUUUGCCGUGUUCCUUUCACUCUUCAUCCAGACAAGCUGGAUCUGUCAUCCAGAGACAUAACUGUGGAAGAAGAUAACAGCAAUACUGCUGCAAGGUCUGCAUCUCACAUAGUUCUACAUGCAGUUGGUGGUGGAAGUCGUGGUCAAGGUGAAAACUCCUGGGUUCUUUCAAACAGUGGAGAAACUCUGAGUGGUCUCACAGGACACCCAGUUAUCAGUCGUUGGGGUUCAGCUCCAUCAGCCAUGUCAUUAAGGACAUCUGCUCGUGCACCAGUGCGUGGGCGUGGCCGUGUAGUACGAAGGGGUGCAAGAGGGGGAGCAUCUGGGUGGGCAAUAGGCUCUCGUGCUGUGCCACCAACAGCUGUUCCAGAAGAACUUGUUAAUCAGGCUCAAGUUGUGCUUCAAGGGAAAUCAAGGGCUGCCAUCAUCAGAGAGCUUCAGAGAACAAAUCUUGAUGUGAAUUUGGCAGUGAACAAUCUUCUCAGCAGAGACGAAGAUGAUGGGGAUGAUGAUGAUAACCCAGAGUACCUUCCUGGAGAUGACCUUAUGUCCCUACUAGAUGCUGGUGUACAUGUGGAUGAUCCAUCUUUUGUUGUGGAUCCAGAGGCAAUAUUUUCAGAGGACAUGUUUUAUAGUUCACAGUAUGGAACAAUUCAUCGACGUCCUAACAGUAGUGCCAGGGCUUCAAGAACUGCAACAGAGAGAGAAUCAGAACGUGACAGGGAAAGAAGUAGGGAAAGGGAGGCACUGAGGAGAGAGAGGGACCGAUGGCUUGGGAACAUCCAUGGAGGGGCUCUUGACUGUGGGACAUCAGGCAGUGCCCCCAAACAACCACCUCAGGACAAGGUACCUUCUCAGAGUUUCUCUGCUGAUCCUGUGAGUGUGGCAGAUCUACUUCAAUGGUGGCAAACAGGCACGGAUGGUGUUUUCCCAUGCUUUACCCACAUUGCUGCCAUGUAUUCAGAGCUGAUAUGUGUAGGGGCUGAUGGGAAGCUGUACCAAUGGAAAUGGGAAGAUCCUCUUCCCUACAAAGAGCAAGAUGCGGCAAUAUAUCAUCCCAGGGUCAGGUCUCUUGGUCUUGCAGAUGAGAAGGUUGUGGCUGUAUCUGCUUCCUCUAUAAGGGCAUCUGUACUCACAGAGACUGGAAAGGUAGCUACAUGGGUUGAUGAAACUCUUAGCUCUAUUGCCAGUAAACUGGAGCAUGCCACCCAAGGAUUCUCAGAGUUCUCUGGAGACAAAGUUGUAGCAAUUCACACAUGCUCACUGUACACUUGUGCCCAAAUGUCAUCUGGAGCCUUGUACUGGUGGGGUGUACUGCCGUUUGAGCAGAGAAAGAAACUGUUGGAAAAAGCUCGUGCCAGGGCAAGAAGAAAUCGCACAACCUUUACUAGCUGCAUCGUGCGUGGUGUUCAGGUCUGUUUGCGUAGCUGUCCUCUGUAUCAUCCUGGCUCUAUUGGUAUCAACAUCUCCUCUGGCAUUCCACGCAUGGGACAGUUGUUAGAAUCAGCUUGGAAUUUGGAUGAGAAGUGCCGUUUUAAAGUCCUUCCACUGGGAAAUGAGGAAGCCAGCUGUAGUCCACCAGUUAUCGAUGAACAAGAUAGUGAUGUUCCUGGCUCUCUUGGCUUGAAGCGGAAAAAGGAUCCAUCAUUAGAUUCCGCUGAGGAUAAAUCAGUUCAGGACUGGGAUUUGAAGGAUGUUAUAUUUGUAGAAGAUAAGCGGAACAUACCUGUUGGAAAAGUGCUCAAGGUUGAUGGACCGUACGCCGCAGUUAAAUUCCCACCCAAAGACACUUCCCUUCAUGCUGCUGCUUUGUUAAAUGAAGAAAAUAGUUCUCUUUUACAAGAUGUGCGGCUUCUGCGCAAGGACGAGCUUCAGCUGGUCAAGUCAUCUGCUGCCAAUAAGAUUCCUGAUUGUAUUCAGCGGACACCAAAGUUGCUCUCCGUUCCAUUGGGCACCAGACCUCUUGCGGUAACUGUCAACUGUAAAGGAGUUCAUGUGAUGUUGAAGACGUCAACUGGCGUUCGCUAUGCUCUCUACAGCUUAGCAUCUUCCAAACCCGAACCCGGAGGAACGAUGCCAAAAGACUGCGCAGCCUUCCUUAGUCAGCCUGGAGUGAAAGAUAUUCAGCUAUACCCAACAGGAGAUGAUUCUCUAAUAAUGAUGACAGACACAAACGGAGCAUUGUUCCCUCUUUCAAAGAACUUUCUCGGAACUGUCAAAGAUCCAGCUUGGACUGAUCUUCCACCUUUGCAAAGUCUUGGUGUGGGUGUCACUUCUCUCAGACCAGGAACUGAGUGCAAAACCCGAGCCUUGGUGGUAGUGUUGGCUGUACAAAACCAGCAGCUAAUGACUCACAUUUUGAAGUGUGACUUUGAAGCUAUUAAACAGUUUCUUGAUUCCAUGGAGGCAGAUCCUGUCAACAUGGGUAGCCUUCUAGAAGCAGUUUUACUGGAACGAUGUGAUGGCAAUAGAAACAUUCUCCACGCCUGCGUCUCCAGAAGCUUCCCAACAUCUGCCCACGAGCCAGGGGAAGCAGUUGAAUCUCAGGGUAGCAGUGUGUCUACGGCUACAGGUGCCCUUGGUAACAAGUUAGAGUCAAUUAAGGGUGCAGUAGAUGCUCUCGCCGCUGCCGUGGCAGCCGCUGCAGCAGCUGUUCGCUCAAGUGAUGGUGGUUCCGGCAAUUCACCUGCCACUAAUAAUACAGGCUCUGUGAGCAACAGUGGCGGGAAUGGGGGUGGUAACAGUGGGCAAGGAAGCAGUGCAGGGUCGUCAAGACUGGGUAUGCAUGAGAUGAUGCAGAGAGCUGUGACUGCGGCCAGAUCGGCGACAUCCUCCCUGGCAGGACUUGAUGUGGAAGAAGAUGCCCCAAUACCUACCUUGCACUGGCCACCAGACCCUCCAGAUUCGCGAGAUGACGAUGCAGGUCCGCCAUUAACUCCGGCUCCGUCAGGGACAAUUCCUUCACCAGCGCCAUCCACAGCAGCUGCUGCAGUAGGAGGAACCGGAGCAGCGGCAGCAGGCUCCAGCAAGUCUUCUGAACCAUUGUCGACACAGACUAAAGCUCUGAAGUGUCUGAAUCUGUUGUGUAAUAGCGCUGUAUUAGCGCCAUUCCUGUUGCAACUCAUGACAGCCAAGGAUACAGAUGGCUGCACCCCAUUCAUGGCUGCCGUUCGCGGCCGGUCCUACUAUCCUGCCCUCAAUCUGUUUGCCACUGCCAAGUACCUGGCGACUGGCCCAGACGGACAGAUUGACAGAAGUGUCCUGAUGUCCAUGCUGUGUCCAUCAGACAGUCACCCAGACGCCUCUCCUUUGCAUGUUCUCUGCUGUAAUGAUACUUGUUCGUUCACUUGGACCGGCACCGAGCACAUAAAUCAAGACAUCUUUGAAUGCCGCACUUGUGGUUUGACUGGUUCUCUCUGUUGUUGUACUGAGUGUGCGCGAGUUUGCCACAGAGGACAUGAUUGCAAGUUGAAAAGAACGGCACCCACUGCUUACUGUGACUGCUGGGAAAAGUGCAAGUGCCGUGCCUUGGUACCAGGCUCCCAGGCUGCUCGCACCCAGCUCCUUAAAAAACUUGUUUCAGAGACUGACCUAGUAAGCCGACCAAAUGGAAGAGGAGAGCAUUUGCUGUUAUUUUUGGCUCAAACAGUGGCUCGACAAACUGUGGAGCAGCGACAGUUCCGACCUCAUCGUACCACAACAGAUACACGUCCUAAAGCAAAGACCAAGACGCUUGGUGCAAGUGGAACGCCCUUGCCUCUCCCUGAACACGACUUGGAUCCUCCAAGGUUCGCGCGUAAGGCACUAGAGUUUAUUCUACAGGACUGGAGAGCUGUGAGUGCAAUGUUGAGAGAUGGUUGUCGUACGCCAGGAGAUGCCAGACCGCAUGCGCACGAGAGCAGUGGUUUGCCCGACGCUGGUGCAAGUCAACUGAUUCCUCUAACUGAACAAGAAGAUCGUCUUCAGAGUCAGCCCGGUACAGUCCGGCUGGAUGCAUUUACACACUGUCUUGUAGCCAAGUGCGGCCCAGAGAUCCUUGACCCUCUUCUAGUUACUCUGGUCAAUGCGAUUGAAAACUCAACCGAUCCUCACAAAUCUGAUGAACUGAGCCUGGCUCAGCGCUUUAUCAGAUCUGUAGCCAGAGUGUUUGUUGUCCUGUCAUCGCAAAUGGCUCCUGCUAAUGGCAAACGCAAAGUAGGUGUCGCGCAACCGUUGAUCAAGUGUCAGCGCAUUUUCCAGUGUCUUUCCACCAUUGCCAUUCCGGAACUUGUCCAAGUAGCCGAUGCAAUCUUAGCUCCAGUUCGGCUUGGCAUCUGUCGCCCAGCGCAACCAUUCAGUCUGUUGUCUUCUACACUAGAAGCUACUCAAGCCAGUGAGGAUUUAUUCACUGUGGAACCAUUACCAAUGAGACCCUCCACGCCUUCGGUGGAGGAAGCCGCCACUCAGGAGAGACCCAGUAUUCAUCGUGUGCGAACUCAGAGGCACAGGAGGAGGCAGACUGUUACUAUUCCUCGUGUGCAGGAACAGAGUGCUGUGCCUGUGGAAGGACCAGCUGUUGAUGGAGAAGAAGUAGAGGUUGUUGAAGGAGGAGAGAUGGAAACAGAGAGCCACGAAGAAGUAGGAGAUGAAGAAAUUGAAAGCGGAGCAGCUGGGAAUGAAUCUGAUAUGGAUUUGGAUUUACUUGCCGAGAGCGAGAGUGACAGUGAAGAGAGUCAGGUCGGUGAAGUGAACGUUGUUGAGAGUGUCCGCCGCAGUCGUGUCACAGGCUCACUAGUUGGUUCAGAUGGUAGCGCCAGCAUGCAUGGUGAACAUGUAGAGUUGUACUCUGAAGAGGAAUCAUCUACAGGAGAAGAGGAGGAAGAAGAAGAGGAAGAAGAAGAGGUGGUGGUGGAAACGUAUGAUAUACCUGAGAGUAUCGAGAACAGACCACCUACUGGAGGAGUUGACCCCAACGCUACCCCUCAUGCCAUGCAAUGGGCAAUACGAGCCAACAAUUCCCAGUCGAGAGCAGCAGGUAAUAGUGCAGCCACUCCGCAGCCCACCAGCGGUACAGGGUUUAUCUACGUUGAUUCCAGCUCACUCAGACGAAGUGGUGGCAACGCCGCAGCUGCUAGUACUGCAGCCUCUAGUGAAGUAACUGGGACCAGUGGUGCACUUAGUAUGAGUAACUCUGCCAGUGCACUGGCGCGGGCCUUUGGUAUUGUUGUCCGGGAGGUCACCGACCUGCUCAACAUCGCUCAGGACCCGUCUGCCCUCCCUGCAGACAGCCUAACACCUACCCCAUCGGCCUUAGCAGAGAUUAAUGUACUGGCAGACCAGCAGCUUCAAGCGGCUUGGAACUGGCUGGCAGUGGUGUUGGAUUGCACUGAAGCUCAGCUUAGGUUUGGGUUGUCUCUGUCAGCAGCUACCGACCCCUCCCACCCCUCCCAUCCGCUUCACGAGUUUCAUCCUAAAGCCAACAAAGACAGGAGAACACGGGAAGACCCAACGCUUCUGAGAGCUUUGGAGAACAAAAGGAAAAGAUCUGUGGUCAGACGUAAACAUGGAGCGACCAGUAGUAACCUGGACACUGGUCGACAAGACUUCUUGGUGUACGUUCUUUCCCUUUUGAGAGGCCAUUCAAACGAGCACGGAGACUCCCUACCCAAACUGGAUGUGUCCUCCUUGCGCCAUGUUGCCUAUGUUCUGGACGCUCUAGUUUACUACAUACGUAAUAACCCAAACGCCAGUUCUCAGGCGAACCGAUCCAGUGCAGAGAAGACUGUUACCACUGACACACCCAACGAUGAAGAAGGUGGUGAUGAUGUCGAUGAUGAAGAUAGUGCGAGUUUUAAGAGGGACGCCGAUGAAUAUGAAGAUGAUACAGAUCAUGUUGAGGAUGAACCUAUGCCCACUCCUACCUUACCUGGAAAUUUGCACAGCUUCUUUGUGCGAACUGACUCCACCACCGUACUAGGCUGCACCCCUCCGGACCCGUACCAGGCUCCUGUAGAGGAAGCCUUACCUCUUGCCUCUCAGCCACACCUUUUGCACCCCACAGCACGCAGAGAGCAGAUGUUUGGUACUAUACAAGAGCAUUCAGACAGUGGCCGCGGCGGUGCACCUAUGGUCAGCAGCAUGGCUUUGUCGAGGGAAGGUUCUGAAUCAGUGGUCUUUACUACAAGACCAACCAGCGGUGCCGCCACGGGACAGCUCUGGUCUGCAAUGGACGUGAACAUGACAGAAAGUGAGUCUUCAGUUGAACCCUCAACGUCAGGUGGCAAAAUUUCCGAAUCUACUGUUAAUCCCACGGCAUCCACCUCUUCUUCCAAACCUGUCAUCUGUAAUGGAACUUCUGCUAACUCCCUGUUGGGCCGCUGGAGGUUGUGUGUGGAGUUAUUCGGCCGGGUAUUUCUGGAAGACGUUGGAUCCGAGCCUUCGUCUGUAUUGAACGAGUUAGGCAGGUUUGAUGUGAAAGAGACCAAGUUUAGGCGAGAGAUGGAGCGGCUUAGGAACUCCACCCAGCGUGACUUGACUAUUGAGGUUGAACGCGACCGUGCCUCUCUCAUUCAACAAACCAUCAGACAGUUAAACACACAGUUUGGCCGGCGCUGUCCCAGGUCUCGACCAAUGACUAUACACCGUGUUAAGGUGACAUUCAAGGACGAACCAGGGGAGGGGAGCGGUGUGGCGAGAAGUUAUUACACUGCAGUUGGUGAAGCGUUCCUUUCUGGAGAAAAGCUGCCAGCUCUUGAUAAUAGCAGAAGUAUAGCUCAGCGUAUCAGACGCGCAACAAGUUACCGAUACAAGCGAGAUCGUGAUCGUGAACGUGAUGCAAGAAGACAGCUGUCAGCCGAUGCACGAGCUUUUCAUUUCAGUGGCGGCAGCAGCACUGGUGAUGGAGAGGAUCCCGAUGGUGACCCACUGCCGUACCACAGGCAGUCUUUAGGAGAGAGGCUGUAUCCUCGAGUCCAUGCCUUGCAGCCUUCUCUGGCCAGCAAGAUCACCGGCAUGCUUCUCGAGCUUUCUCCUGCUCAGCUACUUUUACUGUUGGCCAGUGAAGACACAUUGAGGCAGAGAGUGGAGGAAGCUGUUGAGUUACUUCUUGUGUCUGGAAGGCUCUACGAAAUGGAGUAUUGGAUGUGAUUCCCUUAUCUGCAUUUGAUAACCUGACAGCUGAAGAUUUCCGCCUGUUGUUGAAUGGUUGUGGUGAGGUGAACGUACAACAGUUGACGAGCUACACUUGUUUUAACGACGAGACUGGAGGUGCUGGAGCUGAAAAGUUGCUCAAGUUCAAGAAGUGGUUUUGGUCCAUUGUUGAAAAGAUGAGCAAUUCGGAUAGACAAGACUUGGUCUAUUUUUGGACAUCAAGCCCAGCACUCCCUGCCAGCGAGGAAGGUUUCCAACCUAAACCAUCGGUAACAGUCAAACCUGCGCAUGAUCAUCAGCUUCCCACUGCUAAUACGUGUAUCUCCCGGCUGUACAUACCACUCUACUCUUCACGUGCUAUUCUUAAAAGCAAGCUUCUACUGGCUAUCAAGACCAAAACGUUUGGAUUUGUAUAAGAGAUAUCUGACAAGUGUUGACCAGUGCAACCAUAAACAGAAGAGAAUGGAAGCCAAGGGAAUGAACAUGAAGGAAUCAGUCAUCCCUUAGAAAUCUCCCGCUCCGUUUCAUUCUUUUGAUUUAGACAAUUUCAAAGUGUUAUCCCUUAGCACCUACCACUAAUAUUCACAUUCUUCUAAUGAUACUUACAAGGAGAAUUUGUUUAACAAUCAGGACCUUCUUGAAUCAGUGAUCAUUUCCAUAAUUCUCAUAACCUUUAUAAUUAAUUCAAGGGUGAUACUUGUAAGGAGAAGUUAGAAGCCAGUUUCUCUAAGGCGAUAAAGUGAGAUCUUUCCGCAUAGUAGAUCGUCAACCGUGCUGUUUAUAAAUUGUAUUAAGAAACACCAAUAAAGAAUUAGUUGAAAUUGUG